AUGAAACAUCUGAGCCCACCCGACGAACGCCGUCACCGCAGCGAUGGCCCCAACUCAGAAGAGACUCGGUCGAGAUUUGCGCUCGAGCGAUCACCGCACCCAUAUCUGCGUCGCUCCGAGACCUUGAAACAGGACGAUGCUCAGAAAGCCUCUCCCACCUCUUCCAACCCGUCUAGUCGAUCCGAAUCUACCGAAAGUGGUACAGAGGCCGAUGAUGAGAAAGGCCUUCUUCUCAGAGGGCUGCCGGCUCCACCUCUACGUUCCCACAAGGGCCUGAGGGGCUCUACACCGCGUGGACUAAGCCCGGCGCUGAGCCCGUUGCCUACCCCGCCGGCCACCAAGGAGCUAUCCUUCUUUGACACCAAAAGUGAGCAGGAUGUACGUGACGAGUUGGAAAGGCGUCGGAAGCAAGAAUCAUAUCGCCAGCGGAAGAAGGCCGAACUCGUUCGACGAUCAACGGAGACAUUACUGCUGCUAGCCAUGAUCUUGAUAAUUUGGGAGUCCGCUGGCGGCAUCGGACAGCUACGACCAUGGACAGGCGAGAUCUGUCUCGCGGCACUGGUUCCAGUUGCGUUCUAUACUCUGUACCCUCUGCGCCAGACGCAGCGCCAAUACCACCUCGGCAGGCCAUUCACAAGAGCUCUACGGGCGGGCUUCUACAUUCCCUCCAGGUUCGACCCUGGCCCGCUUCUAUAUCCAGUCAUCCUCCCCACUACCAUCGCAAUAUCGUUGUACGGUCAGAACCCGGCGUAUUUACCGUUGAGUCUCGCCUGUGGGCUGGCCUCGCUUCCAGAAGUGGUAACAUGGAUAUAUCCUGAACCUGAGCUGGUUUGGUAUUUGCGGUGGUGCUCGACCCUAGUGCCCUGGUCCAACCUGCUGCAGGAGUCCCUCUUUGGAAUGAAUAGCGGCCCCAUCUCGCUCAAGCUCGACGAUUUUCUAGAAGCAGAAGAUCUGACACUCAUAUUCCCGCUCCAUCGAUUCCUCCGCUCUUCGCUGGAGUACUUGACGACGACCAGCCUUGACCCUGCGGAGCUCGAGUUAUUGGCUACUGGCCUCAUUCACCUCCUUGUCUUCGCCCAGUCGCCUCAGGCUCAGGUAUUGAAGUCUGUUCUGUGGCUAGGCGGACUCAGUAUCUUUGUCACUUGCCGCCACCUUAUGCAAUGGGAGGUCGAGCUCGCACGCAUCCCUCGUUGGAGGUUCGCAAAGGUCCCACACAAAAGCGCCUUGUCCCACCGACUUCAAAGAGCAUUUUCUGCAUUCAUGUCCGAGCCCGUGCCAACGUCGGAGAGCUCCGACGAUGACAUUGACAAUCGAGCAAAGCCGCAGCCAAAGUCCUUGAAGCGUGUCCGGACUCUCGCUGACCCCUGUGUGUCCGUCAAAGCACGCCAAUCGAUCAAAGUAGCCAUCAACGGCAGCGUCCUAGCGCCUCGUCGACGAAACACUAUAUCCGACCUUGAUUCAACCACGAAAGACGCGGUCGAGAAACGAUCAGCGCGGCACAGGCAGAUCCCAUCCUCGCCAUUCCUGUCCCUGACAUGGCAACAGGCGCGGAUACGCAAGUAUCUCUAUGCGGCAGUUGUAUACCUCAUCGUCUUGGUAAUUAUCAUGGGACCAGUUCGAUACUAUGUUGGUGUUCGUGCACUACAUGGCAAUGAAGCAUUUGGAUGGGCUGGUGGCUAUCUCUUCGGCAGCCUCCCAUUCUUUCGUGGCUUGGUCCACGACCUCAACCUCGCAUGGUGGAUCCGCUUGCCACCUAUGCCAGACGCCUACACCACCAUAUUGCCCAACACGAUCGAGCGUCUCAUCACGCUCGUUUCCUUCCCCGCAAACGUGAGACUCUGCCUCGGCGCCUAUUGCAUCCUGGUCAUCUCACUUGGUAUCAUUGCAGUGCUGCAACUUACUGCUUACGUUGAAGUCGACACCCGCCGCAAGGUCUUCCACGGCGUCAUGGUGGUCAUGCUUCUCCCAACCAUUUUUGUCGACCCUUGCUACCUCGCACUGGCUUUGGGAUUGAUCCUCGCCCUCUUUCUCCUGCUUGAUCUGUUCCGCGCCGCGCAGCUACCACCUGUCUCGCGACCGCUCACCAACUUUCUGGCGCCCUACGUUGACGGCCGCGACCAUCGUGGCCCCGUCAUAGUCAGCCACAUCUUUUUGCUCAUAGGCUGUGCAAUUCCGUUGUGGCUCAGCUUGGCUGAUAUUCCCCGGUCCGGAGACGAUCCUUGGCGAGGCUGGGACGUGCAAAGACGAGAAUUGAGCAUGAUUUCAGGAGUGGUCUGCGUCGGUAUGGGAGAUGCCGCUGCAAGUCUGAUAGGUAGGCGCUUCGGGCGGACCAAAUGGUAUUGGGGAGGGGGGAAAAGCCUUGAGGGAAGCGUUGCAUUCGCUGCCGCGGUCACGAUUGGACUUUUCUUGGCCUGGAUCUGGCUCAGAGUCGGAGGCUGGCUACCUUGGGAUGGCGAUAUGGUUGCUGCAGGCACUGCAUUUGUCAAGUGUGCUAUUGCAGCCAGUGGCGCGAGCCUUCUAGAAAGCGUGCUGACGGCCGCCAACGACAACGUCGUGGUGCCUGUUGGCUUAUGGCUGCUUGUGCGCGGCUUACAGGUAUGA